AUGGAAUCCAAUUUUUGUGCCCUGCCGGAUCAAAACUCGUCGCGUAUUCGAUACGAGAUUACGAGCGGGAACAUAGGUGGAGCGUUCGCUGUAAAGAACAUGACCGGCGCCAUUUAUGUCGCGGGAGCCCUAGAUUACGAAACUAGAAAAAGAUACGAGCUGAGGUUAGCUGCGUCCGACAACUUGAAGGAAAACUACACAACGGUUGUGAUUCAUGUGAAGGACGUCAACGAUAAUCCUCCAGUCUUCGAGAGACCCACUUACCGAACCCAAAUCACAGAAGAAGACGACCGCAAUCUUCCCAAGCGUGUGCUACAGGUUACUGCUACUGAUGGCGACAAAGACAGACAACAAAAUAUAGUUUAUUUCCUCACUGGACAAGGUAUCGAUCCAGACAAUCCAUCAAAUAGUAAAUUUGACAUCAAUCGAACAACGGGAGAAAUUUUUGUAUUAAAACCGUUAGAUCGUGAUCAACCAAACGGAAGGCCUCAGUGGAGAUUUACUGUUUUUGCUCAAGAUGAAGGUGGUGAAGGGCUUGUUGGCUAUGCUGAUGUUCAAGUGAAUCUAAAAGAUAUUAACGACAAUGCUCCAAUCUUUCCUCAAGGCGUUUAUUUCGGAAAUGUUACUGAAAACGGAACUGCAGGAAUGGUUGUUAUGACUAUGACGGCUAUUGAUUACGAUGAUCCGGCAGAGAGUAAUAAUGCGAAACUUUGGUAUUCUAUCGAGAAAAAUGUAAUUGAAGAAGAAACCGGAUCCCCUAUAUUUGAAAUUGAACCAGAAACUGGUGUUAUAAAAACAGCCGUUUGUUGUUUAGACCGAGAACGAACGCCGGACUACUCCAUACAAAUAGUAGCUUCAGAUGGUGGGGGGUUAAAAGGCACUGGUACGGCAUCAAUUCGCGUCAAAGAUAUAAACGACAUGCCACCACAGUUUACCAAAGACGAGUGGUUUACAGAAGUAGACGAAACGGAUGGAACUAAUCUACCCGAAAUGCCUAUACUUACCGUUACCGUUCAUGACGAAGACGAAACUAAUAAAUUUCAGUAUAAAGUUAUCGAAAACAGCGGCUAUGGUGCUGAUAAGUUUACUAUGGUCAGAAAUAACGAUGGGACUGGGUCAUUGAAAAUUGUUCAGCCUUUAGAUUAUGAAGACCAGUUGCAAAGUAAUGGUUUUAGAUUUAGAAUACAAGUAAAUGACAAAGGUGAAGAUAAUGAUAAUGAUAAGUAUCAUGUAGCUUAUUCUUGGGUAGUUGUUAAAUUAAGGGAUAUAAAUGACAAUAAACCACAAUUUGAAAGAGCAAACAUUGAAGUUUCGGUAUAUGAAAAUGCAGAGGUUGGUAAAAGCUUAGAAACAUUUAAAGCUACUGACCCCGAUCAAGGAGGAAAAAGUAAAGUUUCUUAUGCCAUUGAUAGAUCAUCGGAUAGAAAACGACAGUUCUCAAUAAAUCAAGAAGGCACUGUAAGCAUACAGAGGUCUUUAGAUAGAGAAGAAACUCCUAGACACCAAGUUAAAAUAUUAGCAAUUGAUGAUGGUCUACCACCCAGAACUGCUACAGCUACCUUAACUGUCAUCGUUCAGGACAUUAAUGACAAUGCACCAACAUUUUUGAAGGACUACCGACCCGUAUUAACUGAACAUAUAACGCCUAAAAAAGUGGCUGAAAUCUUAGCCACCGAUGACGAUGAUAGAUCUAAAAGCAAUGGACCUCCAUUCCAGUUCAGAUUGGAUCCAAGCGCAGAUGACAUCAUAAGAGCUUCUUUCAAGGUAGAACAAGAUCAAAAAGGUGCUAAUGGUGACGGAAUGGCUAUAAUAUCAUCUUUGAGAUCUUUUGAUCGAGAACAACAAAAGGAAUAUCUUAUCCCAAUUAUUAUUAAGGAUCAUGGAAAUCCUGCAAUGACUGGUACUAGUACAUUGACGGUUGUAAUAGGCGAUGUGAACGAUAACAAAAUGCAGCCUGGUUCUAAGGAAAUACUUGUUUACAAUUACCAAGGUCAAGCUCCAGACACUGAAAUUGGUAGAGUGUAUGUUUAUGAUCUAGAUGAUUGGGAUUUGCCAGAUAAAAAAUUCUUCUGGGAGAGUUCCGAACAUCCAAACUUUACAUUAAAUGAAGAGACCGGGAUGAUUCAAAUGAAGCACAAAACGAGAGAAGGUCGUUACCAUUUGAAAUUUAAAGUAUACGAUCGUAAACAUACUCAAACUGAUGUACCAGCAAAUGUGACAGUUGUCGUAAAAGAGAUAUCGCAUGAGGCAUUAAUAAAUUCCGGAUCUAUAAGAAUUUCGGGUAUAUCGGAUGAAGAUUUUAUAAGGGUGUGGAACUAUAAAACCUUAAGCGUAUCAGGAAGUAAAUUGGACUUUUUCAAAGAUAAAUUAGCAGAUUUAUUAAAUACUGAAAUCGAAAAUAUAGAUGUAUUUAGUGUUCAGCUACGGAAAAAGCAUCCUCCUGUUACAGAUGUCCGAUUUUCAGCCCAUGGUGCACAUUACUAUAAACCAAUACGACUAAAUGGUAUUGUAUUAAUGCACAGAGAGGAAAUUGAGAGAUCUGUUGGAGUAAAUAUAACUAUGGUUGGUAUUGACGAAUGCUUAUAUGAAAAUCAAGCUUGUGAAGGUUCCUGUACAAAUGUUCUAGAUAUAAGUAACUUGCCAUAUAUGGUAAAUGCAAACAAAACAGCACUUGUGGGAGUUCGCGUGGAUGUUAUUGCAGAGUGUACCUGUGGUGCACGAAACUUUACACAAGCCGAAACCUGUCGCAAUUCUCCGUGUUAUAACGGUGGUCGCUGUAUUGAAGGGAAAUACGGAUUGACGUGUUCCUGUCCUCCUGGCUAUACUGGUCCCAGAUGCCAACAAACUUCGCGUAGCUUUAGAGGCACAGGAUGGGCUUGGUAUCCAUCUUUAGAGAUGUGUGACAGCUCUCACCUUAGUUUUGAUUUUAUAACUAGAAAGUCUGAAGGAGUCCUUAUUUACAACGGUCCAAUUGUACCACCAGAACCAGAUGAAAUCAUGGUAUCUGACUUUAUAUCUGUGGAAUUAGAAAGAGGAAAUCCACGGCUACUCAUAGAUUUUGGUUCAGGCACAUUAGAACUGAGAGUAAAAACGAAAAAGCCCUUAGACGAUGGAGAAUGGCAUCGGUUGGACAUUUUUUGGGAUACAGAAAAUGUACGAAUGAUUGUCGAUUACUGUAAAUCUGCCGAUAUACAAGAAAUGGAAGAUGGAACACCACCAGAAUUCGAUGACUCGACAUGUCAGGCUACGGGAACUAUUCCGCCAUUCAAUGAAUACUUGAACGUCAAUGCACCACUACAAGUCGGUGGUUUGUACAUAGAACAUUUCGACCCGACACAUUAUCACUGGCAGUAUAUGCCAAUCGGAAAAGGAUUUGACGGUUGUAUUAGAAAUCUUAUCCACAACAGCAAACUCUAUGAUUUGGCGCAUCCUGGUCUAUCCAGAAACUCAGUGGCAGGCUGCCCUCAAACUGAAGAAAUUUGUAAUCAAGCUGACACUACGUCUCGAUGCUGGGAACAUGGAACAUGUGUUGGUAGUUUCUCUGAAGCGAGAUGUCAAUGUCAACCUGGUUGGACCGGGCCGUCGUGCAAUUUGCCCACAACACCUACAAGCUUCAGACCGCAGAGUUACGUUAAGUUUGCCUUAAGCUUUGAACCAGAUAGAUUUAGCACUCAGAUUCAACUCCGGUUUAGGACACGAGAACCUCACGGAGAACUGUUUAGAGUGAGCGAUCAACAUAAUCGCGAAUAUGGAAUUCUUGAAGUAAAAGAAUCUAGAUUACACUUUAGAUUCAAUCUGAAUUCGCUAAGAACAGAAGAGCGAGAUGUGUGGUUGAAUUCGGUUGCUGUCGAUGAUGGUCAAUGGCAUAUAGCCCGAGUGAGCAGGUAUGGAAGCGCUGCAACGCUUGAAAUAGAUGGUGGCGAGGGCCGAAGGUACAACGAGACAUUUACUUUUGAAGGUCAUCAAUGGCUUUUAGUAGACAAACAAGAAGGUGUAUACGCUGGUGGUAAAGCGGAAUAUACCGGUGUUAGAACUUUCGAAGUAUAUGCUGACUUUCAGAAAGGAUGUUUGGAUGAUAUACGCUUAGAAGGAAAACAUUUACCUCUACCCCCCGCUAUGAACGGCACACAGUGGGGUCAGGCGACGAUGGCUCGAAAUUUGGAUCGCAAUUGUCCUUCCAACAGCCCUUGUAUUAAUGUUCACUGCACCGAACCAUUCGUUUGCGUUGAUCUUUGGAACGAGUAUGAAUGCACGUGUCCCGGUGGUUCGACGCGAGCCGGCAGCACAUGUGUGAACGUGGAUGAGUGCGUCUCAUUUCCGUGCCUCAACGGGGGCACGUGCGUGGACCGAGACCCGGCGCGUCGCUACGACUGUAUCUGUGCCUUCGGCUACACAGGACACGACUGCGAAUUAGAGCUCCUAGCCUCUGGAAUCAUCAUGCCUUCCAGAGAUUUCAUUAUAGCUAUCAUUGUCUGUUUAUUUUUGCUUUUAGUUCUGGUUCUGGUAUUCGUGGUUUACAAUCGGCGCCGCGAAGCACACAUCAAAUAUCCAGGCCCAGAUGACGAUGUUCGUGAAAACAUUAUUAACUACGAUGAUGAGGGUGGUGGCGAAGACGAUAUGACCGCCUUCGACAUCACACCACUCCAGAUUCCUAUUGGAGGACCGCUGCCGGAUCACGUUCCAACUAAAUUGCCCUAUCCGUUAAUGAGUGUGGGACUGGGAGUGGGACCCAUGAGUGUUGGCGUUGCCCCCCCAAUGGGAGUCCCUUUAACUGGCGAAACCAAUGUGGGAAUGUUUAUUGAAGAUCACAAACGGCGAGCAGACAGUGACCCUAACGCGCCACCUUUUGACGACCUGAGGAACUACGCGUAUGAGGGCGGCGGCAGUACUGCUGGGUCUUUAUCGUCCCUGGCAUCUGGUACUGACGAUGAGACCCACGAGUACGACUAUUUGGGUGCCUGGGGCCCGCGAUUCGACAAGCUAGCGGAUUUGUACGGCCCCGAUCUCGACGAACAGCUGUAA